CCGAUCGUCAUAUAUUUAUAUUUAUUAUAUACACUUACUCUUCGUAAACAAGAUAUUCAGAUAUAAUGGUGUUGAUAUUUUACGAAGUCUAAUAACAGUUUAACAAGAUUCAGGCACUCUUUUGGUAGUUAAACCUUCUCAACAUGACUGCUACACCUAAGCGAAUCCAAGGAUGGGUCCUUGAAAAGGUCUUAGGUACUGGUGGAUUUGGUAGUGUUGAACUUUGGGCGGAAACGAGCACCGGUGCAAAAUUAGCAAUUAAAAUAUGCAAGAAAGACAUUGCACUGUUGUCGGAUGCACAAAAAGAAAGAUGGUUCAAAGAGGUACAGAUAAUGAAACGAUUAAAUCAUCCAAAUAUUAUAAAAGUUUUAGAAUUACCCUUCGCACACCCUGACGAUAAGAUAGAUUUACCUGUACUCUGUAUGCAAUUUUGCAGACAAGGUGAUCUGAGAAAGGUGUUGAACAAUCCAAAAAAUUGUUGCGGAAUGAAAGAAAGAAAUCUAAUGAAAGCAAUGAAACAUAUAUCAUCUGCAGUAGAAUAUCUCCAUUCGUAUAACAUUACUCACCGUGAUUUAAAGCCUGAGAAUAUUGUUUUACAAGAUGAACGCGGUACUAUUUCGUACAAGUUGAUAGAUUUAGGAUACGCGAAAGAACUCGGCGAGGAUAGCACGUCGGGCUCUUUGGUCGGUACGUUGAAUUACGUGGCUCCAGAAUUGUUGUGGCAAGAGAAGUACAACUGUUCCGUGGAUUAUUGGAGCUUGGGAAUACUUUUUUAUGAACUAGUAACCGGCAUAAGGCCGUUUCUGCCGGGAAUGCAACACACCAUGACUUGGAUGCAGCUGAUCCGAAAUAAAGGAUACGACGAUAUCUGCGCUUUUAAAUCGGAAGGAAAAGUAGUUUUCGGUCAAGACAUCUCGAGUCCUACAAAUUUAUCAAAAAAUCUACAAAGCAAACUAGUGGACUGGUUUAAACUUGUGUUGCAAUGGCAUCCGAAAAGGAGGGGAAAGCGAUUAACCGAGAACGGACUGUCUGAAGUGCUGGUAUUUAAAUUGCUAGACAAGAUUUUAUCAAAAGAGAUGAUUUACGUAUUUUCGGUGUCUGAGUAUAAAGUCGAUACUUACGAAGUAGAUGAGAACACUACGAUCACCCGUCUGCAAAAUAUGAUUGCAGAAAUUAAUGAAUUCUUACCAGUGCCUCUUCAAACGUUGACAGAUUAUCAUGGUGACGUUCUCGUCGAGAACAAAACACCUCUUCUGUCGCAAAUCAAGAAACCAAUUCUGUUCGUGUUCAGAAACGAAACUCCUUUGACAGAGAGUAUACCGGACCUAGAUAUUCCCGUCGAAAUUCGUAAAAUGAUUGACCUAUCGCGAAGAAAAUUGGACAUCGAAAUAUUGCAAGAUUAUUACCGAGUCACGUUAUUUUUCAUGAAGCAACAGAUAUAUUUGUUCAAACUGUACAUGUAUGCUUUAACUAUAAAAGCGGAUUUGGUGAUCGCGAGACUUAAGGCAUUUUACGAGAGUAUAACCAAGUCUUUGACAAGCAUAAAUUCUCUUUGCAACGAAUUGUCCAAGAUACGUGUCACGUGGGAAAAAGAAGAGUCUUUGGAUGAUUACGAUAAGAAACUGAAAAAGCUCGUCACUGCUGCAAACAAGAUCAAAUCGCAAUUCAAUCCGUCGAAGCAGGAGAACGAAUUGAGGACCGCGGGCGAGACGCUCGCUUCCAUAAGGCAAAACAUGUCAGACGUAUAUGAUGAGGCUGCGCAAUUGUACACACUGUGUAAAAAUGAACGGCUGCAUUUCCGAGGCGCAGAGCCAAUAGAAAUGGUCAAGUUAGUAUUCGAGUUCAUGCAGGCGCACCCGAUACAGUCUCAUAACGCGAAUGUUUUUAAUAUUGUCAAACAGAUAUCGAAACUCGAAAAGGAUCUCGCAACGUACGAAAGGAUUUUUAAUUCGGUCGUUGUUAUCACGGAAGUGUACCAAAAUAAAUUGCAAGACAUUAUCAGUACCGCGAUAUCUGAUAAAAUUGAUAGCAAGAAAAGAUCGAACUCGUGUGUCUCGACUCAAAUUGGAGAUGAGAAUCCAGAUACAUCGAACGAACAAAAGGCAUCGAUCGAAAAGAAACAAGUUAUAGACAAGGAGAACGACGUGAUAUACGAGAAUCUGAUAAUACGUUACACAUUGGACAAUCUCAUGAAGGAAAUGAAGAGAUACAUAGAUGCAUUUAGUCUCCAGCCACAGGUGUGAAUAAUGUACGAGUACGUGGGUCCGUUUGCCAUACUCUUUUUUCUCAUCCUCCAUCUAGCAGACUUCGAUGCCGAUGAACAGUCUAAACCAAAAUGAAAACUACGAGAGUGUUGUUAUGAUACGUGUCUAAUUAAGAUGUUUUAUACGUUGAGACUUACCUAUUUCAGUUGUCAAAUACAGAAAGAAAAUAAUGAUUAUCUAAACGAAAAUUGAUAAUUAUUUCUUUACAUAUACAAUACACAAUUAUGAGUAUUACGCUUAAAUUUUAAUCGAACUAUACUCACGACAUAAAUGCCAAAGGCUUUCAUUGUGAUAGUCUCAGGAACGCAACACUGACCGAUUCUAAGAGAAAACGGUUCUGUUUUGUUCUUUAUAUAUAGCUUAGAAUUAAGAAGCAAAAACGUUGCACGGUUCAACGAGUACAAACACUGGAACUGUCCACACCAGACUUUCACUCAAUCAGAUCAGUUCGAUUUCACUCCGUGAUCCUACGAACGUUGAUUUACAAAAAUUAGGAGAAGUUUUAAGAAACGGGUACGUUACGUAUUUUAAAAUGUAUUCUUAUCAAAAAAACUGUAUAUACAUCCUAAACUGAGGAUUAAAUAACGAUGUUAAAAUAAA